AUGCGGGUAAAGGCAACAAUUGAAACUAUUAGAGUACUAGCUCUUCAAGGACUUGGUUUUAGAGGUCAUGAUGAAAGCUCGAUUUCAUUGAAUCAAGGUAAUCUAAUUGAAUUAUUAAAGUUCAAGGCGAGAGGGAAUGAUGCACUUGAGAGCAUUAUAUUAAAGAAUGCUCCACAAAAUGCCAAAUACACUUCUCCGAAGAUCCAAAAGGAGAUUUUGUAUAUACUUGCUAAUAGAGUUAGGAAUAUGAUUUUUGAUGAAGUUGCAGAAUGGUAUGAUGGUGCUAGCAAUAUGCUCGGCGAAUGGAAUGGACUUCAAGCUUUAUUUCUUAAGGAUUGCCCUUAUGCAUAUUAUGUACAUUACUUUGCAUAUCGUCUGCAAUUGGCCUUAAUUGCGGCAGCAAAAGAUGAGCCUAAUGUUUGGCAAUUUUUUUCUCACUUGAGUUGUAUUGUCAAUCUUGUUGCUUCUUCUCCAAAAUACCUUGGUGAAUUAAAAUGUUUUCAUAGGAGUAAGAUUGAAAAUAUGUUGGCUAGUGAUGAACGUCAAUCUGUUGUUGAAAGUCUCAAGAAGAGUACAAAUCAACAAAUUUGCGGGCAAGCUAAUGGUGCUUACAAAGACAUCUAUGCUUUGAGAUGUCAAUUAAUGCAUUAUAAGCUUGAUGUUGUUUGUGACCUCGAGUUUUAUAAGAUAUCUACCCUUGCCAAAUUGUGCCGAGAACUAUUUGUGAUAGGAAAGUUUGAGCAGUACACCAUGAUCUACAAAUUGACUCGUCUUGUGUCAAUCCUUUAUGUUUCUACGACGACUAAGGAAAGAGCAUUUUCGGGUAUGAAGCAUGUUAAAACUUCCAUUCGUAAUUCAAUGGAGGAUGAGUUUCUUGCUGAUUGCUUGUCUCUCGACCUUGAAUGA